UUCGCGUUUCGUUCUGUUGAACCAUGUAGAUUGUGUAAAGUGGUAUUAUCAUUAUAUUGUGAAUUAAUCACUUCGUGAAUUUAUUAAGUGUGUACUGUGAAUAUUUCAGAUAUCAAAUAGUUAACAACACAAGUAGGCUCGUCGGACAUACACGUAGAGUAACAAUUUCAAAUGUUUAUACAGCCUCCUGGUUUUGUUCUAGAGGCCUUGAAGUGGUACUUCAAGGAAAUCACUGGACCAAGAAUUAUAGUUUUUCUAUGAUUCAGCUAAUUGGAAAAGUUAACAAAGGAACUAGCUCUUGUGAAUAGUUGUUAUACCUGAUUCUACCUUUGCUGAAUUAAUUCAUUGAACGUUGUGCAACGUUCAAAUGAAUCAUUGUUUACUGUGCUAACUACACAGUCUCAUUCAAACCAGCAAUAUGAGUGAUUGUAAGCCACUUACUAAAACAAUUGGAGUUUGGAUGUCAGAUAAGAAAAGUCAGAAAUUAAACUGGAAGGAGUUAAUUAGUGCAGCUAACUCACAUGGCUACAAACUUGUAAAGGUGGAUUUGGAAAGACCUUUGGAAGAACAGGGCCAGUUUGAUGUGUUUCUCCACAAACUGACUGAUAUCAUAGCUGCAGCUGAUCUAGGGGACCCUAAGGCAUCACUGAUCAUUAGCAAUGUAGAACAGUAUUUAUCAAAUCAUCCAAGUAUUACGGUUAUCGAUCCAUUAGACAACGUCAGAAUUCUGUUGAACAGAUAUAAUUAUUAUUCAAUAUUACAAGACGAACCUACAUUUAUUAGACAAGGAAUAUUUACACCAACAUUCGCGGAAUUUACAACUUCCAAUACAAAAUCCAAUUUAGAAAUAAUGAGAAAGAGAGGAGUCACAUUCCCAAUAAUAUGUAAACCAACUAUAGCCCAUGGCUCGAAGUCGGCUCACGAAAUGGUUUUGGUCUUCAAUGAGAGGGAUUUGAACGUCUGCCGACCACCAUGUGUGGUACAAAGUUUUGUUAAUCAUAAUGCAGUUCUACAUAAAGUAUUUCUUAUUGGAAAUAGAUAUCACAUAUGCGAAAGACCAAGCCUUAAAAACUUCUACGCACCAAAAGACCUGGAACCAAUAUUCUACAGCACGGGAGAAGUGUGCAAAGCAGAUAGCCAGUCCACUCUAUCCAUAUUGGAUCCUCACGACGAGGCCGAUCUACAAAUGGCUUUAAAUGAAGACAAGAUAAAAAUAAUAAUUCGUGCAUUAAGGAAAAGGAUUGGACUACUAUUAGCGGGAUUUGAUGUCGUCAUAGAUAACGUAACAGGAAAUCAUGCAGUUAUAGACAUCAAUGUGUAUCCUAGUUAUGAUAACUUUCCAAAUUUCUUUGAAAAUCUUAUGGACUGCAUUGAUGAAACUGUGUGCAGGACCAAUGUGGUGAAUGGGGAUAGUCAAGAUUACAUCAGCCAUAGGAUAAAUGGGUUGAUAAAUGUUGCAUUUACUGCCAACAAGCUUGGGAUUACUGGUAUGAACAUAAAUUAGUUUGGUAACUGGUCAUUAUUUGAGGUGACCAAGUCUAAACAGAAUAACAUACAUACAUUGUAAUAAUUGUUCAUAUAUAUUUAAAUAGCGCUCUCCAUAAACAAUCACAUUAAAAAAAAAAAAAAUCCAUUUCACCAGGAACCUCUUCUAGUUGGGGAAUUACAAAAUUUUAUAUGAAUGGGUGAAUCAAAUUUUUCAUGGCAAUUGUUGCCAUGGUUGCGGUCUCCUGUGUCAUUCUGAAAACCAGUAAACAAGGCUCAAUUCUUCACUUCAGACUUCUGACAAACUCCUACUUUUGUCCUCUGGCGGACGGGAUACAAUAAUAACAAGAAAUAUUUGAUCCACCCAAAUAUUUUUAUUUGCCCCUCUGUGGCGCCUCCCCCCCCCCUCCCUAGGCCUCCGGCGAUAUAUGCAAUAUGCCCCCCCCCCUAGUUCACUGCCUGGUCUAUUUUAUAAUAAAACUAUAAGACUAAACAAAACAUUUAAUUACAUACAUUUGGCUUCAAGCUACAUAAACUUUACAAUGGAUUUAGUAUUGUAAUGUGUCAAAACCAGCAAGUAUUAUGUAAGAGAGAGGUAUACAAGAAGACAUGCACCAAGUAAAUGGACUAAGGACAGAUGAUGAUUAUACCUCAAAUUAUUGUAUAUAUUUUGUUCUAUACAAUGCAAGGCAUUUAUUUAUAACAAGAUGUCAAGUGGGAUGUGUCAAUGAAAUAUUAAGUUGUCUGUAUUGGUAUUUAUAAAAUAGUGAAAAUAACUUAUUUGUGAAGUCUGAAGGUACCAAUCAAAUGUCAUAUCGUAUGUUUUUUUUUUGAAUUUAUUGUUUGUACUUAAUUGCUAAUUGUUUAUCAACAUUCGAAUGAUUAAGAACAUAAAUAGGUACAAACAGCAACACUCUUCACUGUCCAUCGGUGGACCUUAUGCCUAUUGUAAUAAGGUCCGCCGACGAUGGACAGUUAACAGUGUGGGCGAUGGUACAUUUAUUUUAAUGUAUCUUGGGUGACUGUAACACACACAAGUCAAGGUCAGAAGAUUUAAUAACAUAAGUUUGGCAGGUCCUAGAUUCAAAUAGUUGAAUAUAAUGUAUAUAAUCGGAAUUAGUACCCAUGUCUAUUUUAUCAUGUUCCGUUCAGGCUUCCAACAGAAAAAAAAUAUCAUUGCUUAUACCAUAUACAAGUAUCUUCAUGGAUUGAUCUUCAAUCGUUUCCAUUUACGCCCUAAACCCAACACGUUAUGGGCCCAGCACGCUUCCAGUAGUUGAAAUUUCAUUUCACUAAUUUAUUGUGUAUUAAAGACUGAAAAUGUAAAUAUUUCAUAAAAUGAAAUCUCUUUGAUCUGUAGUAAAUUAUUUUUUACUAACGGUAAAGUGGAUGGUCAUAAUUUGUUAUAAUAGAACGGCUAGGACAUGAAUGAAAACACCUUAUAGGAUUCCUUGAGGAGUUAGGCAAGUUGAACUACUUAGUUUCUAAAAUAACGAAUAUUUCUACAUAGAAAAAUUGUCGAAAAAUUUACAACUUUUCCAACUUUAAGAAGAUUUUUUGCAGCUUUGACAGUUGGAAUUCUGUUAAACCUUAUUAGUAUUUAUUAUUAUUUUGUCCUUUACUAUAAUCUGGGGGCCGAUUUUUGAAUUUUGAGCGCUCUUUCGUGUGGGUCCCUUCGGGCUACAGGCUUCAGGCAGAGUUUACUAUCUCCACUACUAGGCAUAGGUAUUCUACUAAUAGAAUUGAAAACAAGUGGUCAAUACCACUAGAUUCCCAACUAUUGCUCGUAUUUUAAAAAUAAAAUUUCGCCGUUUUCCACAGAUUUUCGAGUGACAAAAUCGAGCGCUCGAAAUUCAAAAUCGCCCCCCUGAGGGCCUAUCGCCAACAUCAAAAUUCCGUUAUCGAGGCAGUUAACGAAAUUCCUAUUCUCGAUGUUCGCAGUUUGGCCCUCUUUGGAUUAGGUAUUAUAUUUCAUAAAUUCCUAAAGGUGAAACUAGAAACUGCCGAUGAAAGUGAAAAACAUGUUGACAUGUUUAUAUGUAGGUAACAGUAUUUUAUUAUUUAGCUUACGUUAUAGUUAAUAAGCGUAGUUAUUUAUGUAUGAACUGAAACGAUUCCUUGAAUGUAUUUAAUACGAGUAUCUACUAUCAUAUUAAAAUUAGAAAAGGUUAGUGACUGUCUGCUUUAUAGACCAGGAAGGCACAUUUUUAUAGGUAUUUCUUGUAUUCCAUAAUUUGUUUGAUUUUAAUUUGUACAUAGGGAAGCGCUCGUGGCCUAGCGGUAAGAGUCUAUCAAUCCGGAGGUCGCGGGUUCAAAGCUCGGCUCGUACAAAUGAAUUUUUCGGAACUUAUGUACGAAAUAUCAUUUGAUAUUUACCAGUCGCUUUUCGGUGAAGGAAAACUCCGUGAGGAAACCGGACUAAUCCCAAUAAGGCAUAAUGCCUAGUUUACCGUCUGGGUUGGAUGGUCGGAUGGCAGUCGCUUUCGUAAAAACUAGAGCCUACGCCAAUUCUAGGGAUUAGUUGCCAAGCGAACCCCAGGCUCCCAUGAGCCGUGGCAAAAAUGCCGGGACAACGCGAUGAAGAAAAGAUAUUAAUUUGUACCGAUUAUACCUUAGUACAUUAACAGUUGUGUGCAAUAUAAUAGCAGUACAUAAGAAAAUGUAAAUUAAGGGAAAACUAUAACUUUAGAUCAAUAAUAUUGUAUCUUUUUAUAUAAUUAUUCUGCAUUACUUGAUAUUGUUUCAAAAUUAACUGUAACCUUUACUUAAAUGAUAUUGGAAGUAAAAAAAAAAUAUGAAAAUCGGCUGUUUUUACUAAGUUGCGGAAAUUCCUAUAAAAACGUAAAACCAUACCAAAAAAAUACAAUUGUGUACUAUAAUUGUAAUUUAGACUUGUUAAUUCUUUCCUAUUAUUUCCAAUCAAAGCUUUGCAUCUAAACCCAAGUCAUCCAGAAAAAAAUAAACUUUUCUAUAAGACGAUCUUCGUCGCAGAGUGUACUGCUAUUAUAUUGCACACAACUGUACCUAUACUUCUUACUUGAUAGUAGUGAUAGUUUCUAUCUUACCCAUAAAAUGAAUCCAAAAAGGAAAACGGGUAGGUACUACAUAUGUAUUAUGUAGGUAUCCAAUAUCCGUUUAGUUAGUCGCGAGUUUUCUUGCCCACACUCAACACCACCACAAAACUGAUAGUUUCAGGUAAGGUUCACAUUCGCUGUUUUUUCAAAUAUCGUGUUGGCGUGUGCAUGACUGUUAAAUGUAUAAGAAUUUCGGUGGCCAGAUGAACUUCCCAAUUGUAUCAGAGUUGAACGCAGGCUUCACACUAUUUUAUAAGUAUACAAUCAUGUAUCACUAUUAUACAUCACUUCAUAUAUACCUACUAAACUGUGAUAUAAUAUUUUCUUCGUUGCGAAACGUGGGUGUCCAAGUUUACAGAAUACGUGUUUUUUUAAGUAAAUUUUAGUGUAUUAUUUAAAUUAGGUAUGAAUAAUCAUAGCAGCGGCGUGGUGUCCAUAGAAUUAUAUUCCCAUACUCUUGCCUAUUGUGAGCCUUGAAAAAGGUAGUUAAAUUAUCUUUGUCUUGUUUUGGGAUGUCCGUGGCGACCGACCCGCCACUAUUGUUAGAUUUGGUAGUGUCUAUAUAGAUUUAAAACUAUAUUCUACCUAAUGCUUUUAAAGCAGUCUUCUACAUGUAUAAGGAUACAUUAGUGGUCAUUUUCCAAUAUAUACUAACGUUCUCGACAUUUUCCUCUCUGUAUGAAUAUUUUUUUAUAUGAGUUCAAUAUUACCUGUACUGUACUGUACUGUACUAACCUAACCUAGAAAUCUCAAAUCUGUAAAGGGGCUCAGCCGAUAUAUCCUCAUAAUAUCUUGAACCAAGGGCGCAAUAAUACCUUACAAAUGUUUUUGCAUGGGUGCUGUACUGUGCAAAAUAUUGCGGGUGGCUGUAUGGUGUAUUCGAGUCUAUAUAACAAGAUGUUAAUGAAAAUAUAACAAAAUAUUACUCAGCAAA